UUCGCAAUUCCGUUUCUCUUUUGACUCUCUCUCUCUCUCUCUCUCUCUCUCUCUCUCUCAGUAAGCUUUGAACCUUAGCCAUGGCGUUUAGGGUUCGAAACCCUAAUUUACUUUCCUUGAUCCUUCUAUCUCUCGUUGCCAUCGCUUCGGCAAAGGUGUUUUUCGAGGAGCGCUUUGAUGAUGGAUGGGAGAAUAGAUGGGUUAAAUCUGAGUGGAAAAAAGACGAAAGUUUAGCUGGAGAAUGGAACUACACCUCCGGAAAAUGGCACGGAGAUGCUAAUGACAAAGGUAUCCAAACUAGCGAAGACUACAGAUUCUACGCUAUUUCAGCCGAGUUCCCUGAAUUCAGCAACAAAGAUAACAUUCUUGUUUUCCAAUUUUCCGUCAAGCACGAACAGAAGCUUGAUUGUGGUGGUGGUUACAUGAAGUUACUCAGUGGUGAUGUUGACCAGAAGAAAUUCGGUGGUGAAACUCCGUACAGCAUCAUGUUUGGCCCAGAUAUCUGUGGCUACAGUACCAAAAAAGUGCACGCUAUCCUUAACUAUAACGACACUAAUCACUUGAUCAAGAAGGAAGUUCCCUGUGAGACUGACCAACUCACUCAUGUUUACACUUUCAUCAUUCGUCCUGAUGCAACUUACAGCAUCCUCAUCGAUAAUGUCGAGAAGCAAACUGGUAGUUUGUACAGUGAUUGGAGCCUCCUCCCAUCAAAGAAGAUCAAGGAUCCCGAAGCUAAGAAGCCUGAGGAUUGGGAUGACAAAGAAUACAUUCCUGAUCCAGAAGACAAGAAGCCAGAGGGGUAUGAUGACAUCGCAAAGGAGAUAACUGAUCCUGAAGCCACUAAGCCCCAAGAUUGGGAUGAUGAGGAAGAUGGUGAAUGGGUGGCCCCAACCAUUCCCAACCCCGAUUACAAAGGCCCAUGGGAGCCUAAGAAAAUUAAGAACCCUAACUACAAGGGAAAAUGGAAGGCACCAAUGAUUGACAACCCAGACUUCAAGGAUGACCCUGACCUCUACGUUUACCCCAAAUUGAAAUAUGUUGGUAUUGAGUUGUGGCAGGUGAAAUCCGGCACCUUGUUUGACAACGUCUUGAUUACCGAUGAUCCGGAAUACGCUAAGAAGGUUGCUGAAGAGACAUGGGGCAAGAACAAGGAGGUCGAGAAAGCUGCAUUCGAUGAGGCGGAGAAGAAGAGAGAGGAGGAGGAAGCCAAGAAUGAUCCAAUUGACUCAGAUGCCGAGGAAGAAGAUGAAGACAAAUCAGACGAUGCAGACGACUCCGAUGCAGAGUUAGAUUCGGAGAAGGACGAUGCAGCCGACGACAAGGAGGAUGCCAAACAUGAUGAACUGUAAGGAGGAGGAGAACGUAUGGAGAGUUGGGUUGCAGAAAUUUUCCAUAUUCCCUCUUUGUUUUUGUUUUUGUUUUUAUUUUUUUUUAAAUUUCUAGUCGUAGAAAACAACAAAGUCUUGAUGCUUCAAUGCAUAAAGGACUAAUUUGGUGCUGCUUUGAGUUUCUUCAGUUUUUAAGUUUGAGCGAUUAGGAAGAGAAGAGAGAAGAAGAAUAGGACAAUUGGAUGAAUCAUGGGUUUCUGUGCUCUUGAGUUCUCUUGUAAGAAUUCAAUUCAUGAAAUUGAUUCAUAUUCUCUUUUUUUUACCACAAA